AUGUGGAAAAUGCUGACGAAUUCUCUCUCGAGAGUGUUGAGCUAUCGCGUGCGCGUCUGUGUGCGCGUGUGUGAGGCUCCUGUUGUUUCAACCUUUCUUACUUCCUCUCUUUCUUUUUCUUCUCCUCCUCCUCUUCUUCUUCUUCUCUGUGGCUCUUGUCCCACACGCGUGUCUAUAGCGAGAAUGAGCGCGACCCAACUUUUCUAUUUAUUUAUUUUUUACUCCUUUCUUCCUUCCUCCCCUCCUUUCUUCCUUCCUUCCUUCGUUCCUUCCUUCCUUUCAUUUCUAUUACAUUAUUUUCCUUUUCUUUUUACUAUUACUUUUCUUUUGAAUUCCCCUUCCUUUUCUAUCCGUUUCAUUCGUUUUCUUUCUUCUUUCUCAUUUUUCAUUUUAUUUCCGUUUUUUCUUUCCUUUUCUUUCUUUCUUUCUUUCUUUCUUUUUCUUCUUUUUAUCAUUUCUUUUAUUUUAUUUAAAGUUUUCCUUUUCUUUUUCCUUCUUUCUUCCAUUGUUUUUCUUCUUGAUUCUUCUUUCUUUAACUCUCUUGCUUUCGUUUUAUGUCAACUUUUACUUAUAUUUAAUCUAUUUUUUUAUUUUUGUCUUUCUUUUUUUACUUUUUAUUUAAAUUUUUCGCUUUCUUUUCGUUUAAAUUCCUUCCUCUUUCUUUCUUUCUUUCUUAAAAAUAGUUUCAAUCUGUCUUCUUAUCUCUCUUCACGAGGUCACUUUUUCUUCAUUCGCUUCUCUUUUCCUUCAUAUUCUCUCUCUCUCUCUCUAGGGUUAUCGCCUCUUCUAUUUUCUUUUUCUUUCUUUUCUUUCUUUUUUUCUUUCUUUUCUUUCUUUUUUUCUUUCUUUUGUUCUCACCGUCCUUCCUCCAUUCCUUCCCUCUUUAUUCUUUUUUCUUUCUUUAUUUCUUUCUUUCUUACCUUCCUUCGUUCUAUUCCUUUCUUUCUUUUCUUCCUUUUUUCUUUCUUAACUUUUUCUUUCUUUCUUUGUUUUUCUUUCUUUCUUUCUUUCAUUUUAGUCUUUUCUCGCCUUCCUUCCUUCUUUCUUUAUUUUUAUGUCUUUCUUAACUUUGUCUUUUUCCUUUCUUUCUUUCCUUCUUUCUUUCUUUUUCUGUCUUUUUUCUUUUUCAUUCUUUCUCACUUUGCACCAGUGUUUCAUUGA